AUGGAUAUUCGGCCGCCAGCCCUUGAAGAACUGGCAAACCCAUGGAACCAUAACGCCCUCGAAUGGAAUUGGACGGAUACUGACUGGAAUUAUGUAUACGGCGAGCCGAUUAGGAUAUGGGAAGCAUUGGUCAACCACAUAUUCUGGGACGCCUGGGAGGAAAUACAAAUGAUUCAAACGGACUUGCUCUUCUACCCAGCUCUGAUUUAUCUUCUCAACUUGACCUGCCUCGCCACCGCUUUCAACACCAAAGGACGCUAUCGCACCGCAUUUGUCGGCGCGUCUAUUGCCGUUGCAGCUGGUAUUAUUCAACAACUGUCUAUUUUACCAUUAUUCUACCCUGUCAAAAUCACCACUAUUCAAGUCCUCGUCAUCCAGAACAUGGGAGCAGCUGUCAUGCUAUUGUGGGAAGGGAUUGCCGUCACAGAGGAACAAAAGAAGCUCCCAUGGAGACACCGUUUACUCGCCACGUAUAAGCUCUUGUGGAACGCUCGUUACAUCAACACUCCUCGACCGGCUCCUGUACUCCACUUGGUGAAGGCAGAGGAUGAUGUCAGGGGACAACUUGAAGAAGCGACCAAUAAGGCUAAGAUCGAUGAUGCAGCAGUUCAGAAAGACGCCGCGGAUGAUAAAAAGAGGGAUAUGGCUUUGAAGGAGGCCACCGACAAUAGGGAUCUGACUGAAGGAAUCAAGUAUUUCCGGAGCCUUGAACGUCAAACCAGUCGUCAUACCUGGAGAAAAGUAAGCCAGCCGGUGGCUCGUUUCUGGAACUCAUUUAGUCCUAGAAACCGCUGGAUAAUGACGACCGUUGCCAAAAUCACCCUCAUCUUCGUCUUGGAACGUAUCAUGGAUUACCUCUGGAACACAUACGCCUCAUAUACCCACGACGACUUUGCUCUCUAUAAACGCUCCUACUUCCGCCGUCUGAUUCGUAAUGAGGUCGAACCACGCGAGUUCAUGAUCCGGUGCUACUUUGCGUUCGAGGGCAUUUGGCGCGCCUUUCACUGGUAUACCAUCCUUCACUCCACAGUGGCCCUCUUCUUCGUAGCCCUUCAUAUCGAUGAGCCCGAAGAGUGGCCCCCGGUAUUCGGCGAUAUCCGCGAGGGCUGGAACCUCCGCCGUUUCUGGAGCAAGUACUUCGAUCGGCUCAUCUACCGUACCACCAACGGCAUCGGCGAGAUGAUCCUCACUGUAGUUGGUGCAGGUCAACGACCCUUCCGGGGCAAGAAGCGAUGGUUGUUGAACGGACUGAUCUUCUUCAUGAGUGGAAUCUUCCAUGCGGGCACCGAGUAUGUUUCUGGCCUCGAGUGCCACGUUGUUUGGGAGAUUUGGUGGUGGAUGUUGAAUUAUUUUGCGAUGAUUGCGGAAACAGCCUUCAUGUAUGGUCUUCAGACUUACUUCCCUCGGUUCUACGACAAGACGAGUGGCAAGAUUGGGAAGACGAUUGGAUAUUUGUGGCUGUUCGCGUUCAUGUUCUACUCGUCUCCCAAAAACUUGUAUACCGCCCUGAAUUGCAUGCCGCCGUUCUAG